UGUACGUGUUGGUAGACGAGUUGAGGUUUUUAUUUGAAAAAGAGUUUUCUCUGUGUUAUAAAUAAGAAGAAAUGGCAGGUUUGGAGAACCUUAGUGAAAGAGAUCGUGCAGUUUUGAGAAGUAUUUUCGAUCCCACUGCCACCAUCGGGGACGUUGCUGAUGAUGGUGACAGUUUUCUUAAUGACGUUCAAGACACCACAGAAACGGACAAACAGAGCAUAGCUCUGUGUCUUCAAGGCGUCCAGUUAGCUGAGGCGGGCAAGUACGAAGAGGCCUUGGGUCUGUUGAACAAAGGCGUUGACAUCGCCCCUGAACGACCAUCUGGGUACAAUGACAGAGCACAGCUUUUUAGGCUGAUGAAACGAGACGAUGAUGCCAUUCAAGAUCUGGAUCGUGUACUCCAACUGACCGAGGGUCAAGCAAGCCGCGCUCGGGCGCUCGCGCUUUGCCAACGCGGAGUCCUAAUGCGCAAGCGCGGUGCGGAUGACCAAGCGCGAGCCGCUUUCACCGAGGCCGCUAAACUUGGCAGCGGGUUCGCUAAAAAGCAGAUCGUUGAGCUGAAUCCGUACGCCGCGUUAUGCAAUCAAAUGCUCAGUCAAGUUAUGAGGGGAGAUAAAGACAUCAAAUUGUAGAUUAUGCGAGCUGAGAAUAAAUAUAUUAUUUUAUUAGAAGAGCGAAAAUUCGUUUGUGAGUUUA